UCAUUGGCUAGGCCAGUGUACCCACAAAAACCACAAGAAAACCUCGCUAGGGAAUAACACAGCUUGCCUCAGAAGCGACGCGGACGGCGUUUAUUGAAACCAUAGUAGCCGUACUCAUGUGUGGAGGGUUUUUGGCGUCUUAUUUGUUCGUGGAUUCCAUCAACUAAAAAGCUGUACCGUCACAUUUGCUUACUCUACGCUCUCCGGGACAGGAAGCACUCAGCAGACUCUCUUGAAAAAUGACGUCAUCAUGGCGUUCAGCUCUCGUGCUCCUGCUGUGCGCACCAUUCCUCACCUGCACCGCGAAAAUCAUCGACCUGUCCCACGUUCAGAAGCCCGAAACCUUCCACUUCGCCGGAGUGAAGCCCUUUAGCCGCACCGACGUGUUUGCGGGCAUUGGGACCAGGGGCAUAUACUAUGACGUCGGAGCUCUGAACAGUCCGGAGCACUCCGGUACUCACCUUGAUGUGCCCUCUCACUUUGUCAAAGAAACUGUUGGCCUGGGAGAAGGAGCAUGGACGUAUCCCACAAGGCGCUGCCGUCCUCUUCCAGUUCGGGUGGUCAUCUCGCUUCGGCAACAUCACAGACUACGUGGGCUCAGAGACCCUGGACGACCUGAACAGCUUCCGCGUGCCCGCACUGUCCAAAGCGGCCGGAGCCUGGCUCUUCCGGGAGAGAGACAUCCAAAUUCUGGGCGUGGACAGUCUGUCUCCUGAUGUUCUUCUGGACGCGAGGGAGAUGCCCAAUCACGUGCUGUAUCUCAGCAACAACAGGAUCAUCGUGGAGAAUCUCAAG